AUGGUCCAGCUCGAGGUCGUGCCAACAGGCUAUCAGCGUGUAUCGAAAGAAGACGAUACGCCGAGUGUAUGCCUCCAGUCGAAAAAGCAUGGAACAGCCUUCGACUUCUCCUUCGAAGCGCUCAGGCCCGGGCUGUUCCGAACGACGUUCACGUCCAAAGAGCAUCGCCUGCCACCGCAUCGAGCCGCACCGGUACCAAGUCGCAAGCUAGACCCAAAGGCACUCAAAACAUCGCACUCAUAUGAUGCAAGUGUGUUCCAGGUGAACGAUGUCACAGCCAAGGUCGACUGGAGCAGCGGACCUCCUUUGGUCUCCAUCACUUUAGCCAACCAGAAAGCCCCCAUCUACACCGACUUACCCAACCGCUCAUACGCGGCGGAUGGCCCAGGAAUCGCUCACUACACACGUUACAACCACAAGACGCUACAUGUCGGCCUAGGCGAGAAGCCAGCGCCGAUGAAUCUUUCCAACCGCCACUUUGUGCUCUCAGCAACAGACAGCUUUGGGUACGACGUCCAUCGCACCGAUCCCAUGUACAAGCACAUUCCGCUCCUCAUAAAUGCAACGCCCAGUGGCUGCGUAGCGACCUUUUCUACCUCGCACGCACGAGGCUACUAUUCGGUAGGCUCUGAGAUGGACGGCAUGUGGGGCCGCUUCAAGGUGUAUCGCCAGGAAUACGGCGGCCUGGAGCAGUACAUCAUCACGGGACAGACGCUCAAAGACGUUGUGACUAUCUACGCCGAUCUCGUCGGAUACCCACUGCUCGUGCCGAGAUGGGCGUUUGGCUACCUCGCCGGCGGAAUGAAGUACUCCAUGCUCGACGAGCCACGCGCAUCCGAUGCUCUCAUGGAGUUCGCCGACAAGCUAAAGAGACACGACAUCCCCUGCUCCGGGUUCCAGAUGUCAUCGGGAUACACAGUCGCGGAAACAGAGCCCAAAACGCGCAACGUGUUUACGUGGAACAAACACCGGUUCCCGGACCCCAAGGGUUUCAUCGACGCAUACCACAAAGCAGGCAUCCGGCUCAUCGCAAACAUAAAACCGUACGUACUGGCGAACCACCCAGAAUACGAGACGCUGAAGAGCGCCGGCGCGCUGUUCACAGACUCACUGACCAUGGCGUCCGCUGAGGCACGUCUCUGGAGUGCGGGUGGCGGUGAAUCUGGCAUCGGGGGACACAUCGACUUCACUUCUGAAGCAGGAUAUCGCUGGUGGUAUGAUGGCGUACGGGAGCUUCGAAAACUCGGCAUCGACUGCAUGUGGAACGACAACAACGAGUACACGAUUCCGCACGACAAGUGGCAGUGUGCGCUCACGGAGCCAAAUUUGAAGCAGGAGGAAGGCCAGGAUUGCGGAAGAGACGUAGGCUUCUGGGGUCGUGCGCUGAAUACCGAAUUGAUGGGGAAGAGCUCGCAUGAUGCGUGCUUGGAGGUGUGUCCAAACGAGAGACCGUUUGUGCUGACAAGGAGCGCGACGGCGGGGACUUUAAGGUACUGUGCUAGCUCGUGGAGUGGUGACAACACAACGAGCUGGGACGGAAUGAGGGGUGCGAAUGCGCUGUCACUUACCGCGGGCAUGUGUUUGAUGCAGUGCUAUGGCCACGACAUUGGCGGCUUCGAAGGCCCUCAACCCAGCCCCGAACUCCUCGUCCGCUGGUGCCAACAGGGCAUCUACUCCUCCCGCUUCGCCAUAAACUGCUUCAAGACUUCUCCAGAGAAUAAUUCUGUCGGAGACGUCAUCGAACCCUGGAUGUACGACGAGACGACCCCGCUUGUACGCGACAUCAUUAAGCGCAGAUACGAACUCAUACCUUACCUCUACUCCCUCGCCCUUGAAUCACAUAGUACGGCCACUCCGCCCCAGCGUUGGACUGGCUGGGGCUUCGAGCAAGACCCGGAAGUCUGGCAGAGCAAGCUCCUCACAGAUGGCGAGACGCAGUACUGGCUUGGUGAUGCGUUACUCGUGGGCGGUGUAUUUGAGACGAAACAAGAGACCGCAAAGGUAUAUCUGCCCAAGGACCCUGCGAAUCCGGACCUUCAGUUCCUCGAUGUAAAUGCUACCCAAAUGUUCUACGAUGCAGGACAGUGGGUUGAAAUCCCGGCGAAGUGGCAGGGAGAAGGCAUACCCGUGCUUGCGAGAGUUGGCAGCGCGAUUCCGGUGGGGAAGUCUGUCCAGGUGCGCUCGCAGGGCGAUGAGGAGAACUUUGCCAGUCUACCCGAAGAUGACUACCGCGGUGUCGAAAUCUUUCCGCCGAAGGGAUCGUCUCAUGGGAAAGAGUUCAGGAACCGCUGGUAUGAGGACGAUGGUGUUUCACCGCCGCCUGUGGAAAUGUCCGUCUUCGAGGUCAAGUACACUAGCGAGGAUGACAAGGUGUACGUGAGUUUUGGUGAGCAGCUGCAACAUGGUUUUGAUCCGGCGUGGAAAGCUCUAGAAGUCGUUCUUCCGCGCGGCGAUGACCGGACAGUGGUGUUUAACGGCAAGGAGGCGGAAAGUGUGGGAGCGGAUGAUAGGGGGAGGAAGCUCUUCCGUGGACGGAGUAUAAGAAAGGUUUAA